AUGACUAUUGUGUCUAGGAAGCGGAGAUCGAGUUUUUGCUUCUCACCCUUGCAUUCAGGUAUUGCGGUAACCACUAAUAAUUACGAUUACGCGCCAAAAGGAAAUAUGGCUUUCGGUGCUCGGAAGUUACAGCAUAACAGGGGUUUUUUGAAUGAUCCAAAUAAUAAUAGUCGUCAGUUGGAAAGGGAUAGGUCAAUGUUAAACGGUAUUAAAAAGGUUUUGGAUGACACCAGACGGUCAUUCUGGUCGUGGUUAUAUUCAACAGCGGAAUGCGAAAAUGAUUGUAAAGAUGGAUAUAAGCGGGAUUGUAGUGAAAGUGGCAAACUUGAAGGAUAUAGAAGAUCAGAAUCAACUGGAAGUGUUGGUGAUAUGUCUAGUUUGCGGCCGUUGGUUGUGCGGAAACGGUUACGGCCGGAUGAAAUGAUGGUAUCAAAUAAGAAGGUUAAGUCGGUGGAAGGCAAGGAGAUAUUCAUUCAAACGAUGCCCAAGAAACAAUUUGAAUCUAAUGAAUCUAUUCUACAGGAGAAAAUUAAGCAUUCGAUUACACCGGAAACUUCAAAUUUGAACUUGGCUAAAGAUCCUUUUAAUUGGGAUACAGGGAACAGUUCUCUCGCUGUAUUGGAGACUUCUCCAAAUAGGGUAAUUCAAUAUGGUACUUCUUUCUAUAGAAAGGGUAGACGGUUAAACGAAACAUUGAGGAAUGGUAGAAAUCGUCACUUGGCUUUAAAUAAAGCUGCUCCAGAAAUAUCUUAUUUGAAGAUGAUAUAUAAUGGAGAAUAUCCACCUCCUAUGUUUGAAAAGGAGCGAGAGACGCAGCUGAAGUUGUUAUAUAAGGAUAGUCAGAGUGAGAAAGGCCUCAGAAAGUCAAUUAUAAAUCUAACUGAAAAGAUCAGGGAUGUUUUACUUGAUAAGAAACCACAAGAUAGUGAAGAUAACGAUAUAGUAAUCGUCAAGGAGGAGAGGGUAGAUCCGCUGUAUCUUAAGCGUAAAGAAUUUUAUAGUCAACAAUUGAAAUUCGAUAGGUCUAUUAUGACUUUUGAAGAGGAAUUCAAAAGCUAUAAAAGGCUCAUUGAGGAAAGAAGAAGGAUACAAGUUGAAGUAAGAAAGAAGCAGGUAAGGAAACUUGUACCAGACUUGAGUGAUGAAAUAAUUAAUGAAGUUAAUGAAGCAUUGUCGAAAAAUGAUAAAGGUAUUUUGAGCGCUAAAAAUAACUUUGAAAUAACUGUACGAGAUUUCAAAACUUUGGCACCAUGUAGAUGGUUAAAUGACACAAUUAUUGAAUAUUUUAUGAAACAGCUUGAAUCUCAAAACAAAAAUAUUGUUGCAUUCAAUUCAUUUUUCUACUCUACGUUAUCGCAGCGAGGUUAUCAGGGUGUUAGAAGAUGGUUAAAGAAGAAGAAGGUAAAAAUCACCGAUCUAGAUAAAGUUUUUGCACCUAUCAACUUAAACCAAUCUCACUGGGUGCUAGGUGUUAUUGAUAUUGCCCACAAGAAAAUACUGUAUGCAGAUUCAAUGUCCAGUGUUCCUAGUGAAAUGAGUUUCGCUGUAAUGAAGGAUCUACAAGCUUAUUUACAGGAAGAGAGCGGGCACACAAUGGGCUCUGACUUUGAAUUGCAACAUAUUGUGUGCCCGCUGCAGCCAAACGGUUUCGACUGCGGCGUUUACGUAUGCACAAAUGCUCUUUACUUGAGCCAAGAUCAAGAAUUAACAUUCGAUCAAAUUGAUGUCGCAAGAAUGAGGACUUAUAUUGGGCAUAUGAUCCUCAGUAAAGGUAAAGUAUAA